AUGGUCCCAGUGACUGCAUACUACACAUUGUUAUUUGAGUUUAUCAACUGUAAAAAAGAUUGUGAUGAGAACCAAUUGAUAGUAAUAUUUGACUGGGAGGCUCAAAAGUGUGGAAUUGUGUCUAUUGCAAAUCAGCUGAGGAUUUGGGAAUAUAUCAGUUCCAAGAUUGAAAGUCAAAGCCCUAGUGUACAUACUGACUUCAUGGAGGGAGAAGGUACGGCGAUGGGCUAUUCUUCCCAUUUUAGAAUGAGUGCUUGUUCAGUAUCCAUGAACUUGAAAAUAACAACAAAAAGAAAGAGUGCUUCUCUGGUAAACACUCCACAGGGUCUGUUAUCCUUCAAGGAUGUGGCUCUGGACUUCUCACUGGAGGAAUGGGAAUGUCUCAGUUUUGGUCAGCGGUCACUGUACAUGGAUGUGAUGCUGGAGAAUUACAACAAUCUAUUAUUUGUGGGAAAUCAUUCCAUAUGUGGGAAAUACGAAGACUUCUUGGAUCAAGACACACAGCACUUCGUCCAGGAGCAUGUGAAUAUCCAAAAGAUUUCGUCUAAAUAUAAUAAGCUUUGCAAUAUUAUUCACAAAUCCACCAAAACUGCACCUUUUGAAACUAACCACAGCGAUACAUCUCUUCAAUCCUCAAACCUACAAAGUUAUCAAACUGGGACCACUAAAAAAAUUGACAAAAAUGAAGACUGUGUAAACUGUUCAAACUUGUCUUCUAUUGUUAGUGUUAGUCAGGGAAUCCACAUAGAGAAAAAAAGGCACAAUAGAAAUACUGAAAUCGAUAAGGUUUUCAUAUCUAAACAUAAACUCAGUCUGAAACAAAUCAAUAGUGGAGUGAACCCUUACAAAUGUAGUGAAUUUCAAAAAUGCUUUACCCAGAGAGACAAUCUACAAAGUCAGCAGACAAUUUAUCCAGGAAAGAAUCAUUACGAAUUUAGUGAAAGUGAGAAAUGCUUUACCCAACAAUCACAUCAAAUAAUUCAUAAAAUAGAGAAGCUUUAUCAAUGCAGUGAAUGUGACAAAUGUUUUACAUGCAAAUUCAAUCUCAGGAUGCAUCAGAGCAUUCAUAGAGGAGAUAAAUCUUACAAAUGUAGUAAAUGUGACAAAUGCUUUACUGACAAAUGUGAUUUGAGAAGUCAUCAGAGAAUUCAUACAGGAGAGAAACCUUACAAAUGUACUGAAUGUGGCAAACACUAUACUCACAAAGUUAGUCUGAGGAUUCAUCAGAGAAUUCAUAAAGGAGAGGAAUCAUACAAAUGCCAUGAAUGUGACAAAUGCUUUGUCCAACUUUCCCAUCUUAUUAUUCAUCAGAGAAUUCAUACAGGAGAGAAACCUAACAAAUGCAGUGAAUGUGACAAAUGCUUUACCCAGAAGGGUACUCUGAGAAGGCAUCAGAGAAUUCAUAAAAGAGAGAAACCUUAUAAAUGUAGUGAAUGUGACAAAUGCUUUACUGAAAAAAGCUAUCUGAGAGUUCAUCAGAGAAUUCAUACAGGAGAGAAACCUUACAAAUGUACUGAAUGUGGCAAACACUGUACUGACAAAGUUAGUCUGAGGAUUCAUCAGAGAACUCAUAAAGGAGAGGAAUCAUACAAAUGCCAUGAAUGUGACAAAUGCUUUGUCCAACUUUCCCAUCUUAUUAUUCAUCAGAGAAUUCAUACAGGAGAGAAACCUUACAAAUGCAGUGAAUGUGACAAAUGCUUUACCCAGAAGGGUACUCUGAGUAGUCAUCAGAGAAUUCAUAAAAGAGAGAAACCUUAUAAAUGUAGUGAAUGUGAUAAAUGCUUUACUGAAAAAAGCUAUCUGAGAAUUCAUCAGAGAAUUCAUACAGGAGAGAAAUCUUACAAAUGUACUGCAUGUGACAAACACUUUACAAAGAAAUUUAAUCUGAUAAUUCAUCAGAAAAUUCAUACUGGAGAGAAACCUUAAUGCAGUGAAUGUCACAAAUGCUUUGCCCAAAAAUCUUAUCUUGGUAUUCAUCAGAGAAUUCAUACAGGAGAGAAACCUAACAAAUGUACUGAAUGUGACAAGUGCUUUAUUAACCAAAGCAAUCUGAGAAUUCAUCAGAGAAUUCAUACAGGAGAGAAACCUUACAAAUGUACUGAAUGUGACAAAUGCUUUACUGGCAAAAGCAGUCUGAGAGUUCAUCAGAGAAUUCAUACAGGAGAGAAACCUUACAAAUGUACUGAAUGUGACAAACAUUUUACACACAAAGUUAGUCUGAGAAUUCAUCAGAAAAUUCAUACAGGUGAAAAACCUUAUAAAUGA